AGGAGCAGGGAUGAUUGGGACGCUGUUCCUCUUGCCAGGGAGAUCUAUCUGCAUCACAAGCCAGCGGCAGGAGGCAAAAGCAUCAACCUGGCGCCAGCUGUCCAUCACAGCUGGUGGUACCCAGCGCCACCCCUGCCUCCCUGCCUCCCCUUCCAGUCAUCCUCCAUCCCUGCUCUCCUUCCCCACUUGUCCCUCUCACCCUCCCUUCAUCUCUCCUCCUUUAUCCUCUUUGUGAAACCCCCUUUGCCUCAAUUUGGGGCACCAGCUCUAGGAGGGGGUUCUCAAAUACCUCCCCAUCACCAACUCCCCACAUGGUGCUCACCCUCCUUGUCUCUGCGUACAAACUGUGCCGCUUAGGUAUGGCCAACCAGGAGACCCUGGCGGCAGUGCCCACCUAUGAGGGGGUGUGGGCACAAAGUCCCGGGCCGUACCAGGAGGUCUCCCCCGGGGUGAGCACCGACAUCCAAGCUGCCCUGCACAGGAUCCUGCCCGAUUUGCACCAGGCCAUCUCUGCCGUCAAGCAGGCUGCUGGCCCCAAAGACCUCCAAGCCAGCAUGGCGGAAAUCUUGACGCUGGUGGAGGAAGCCUGGGUGAUGCCCACAGUCGGCAGGGAAGUUGCCAAGGGUCUGUGCGACGGGAUUCGCCUGGAGGGCGGACUGGAUCUGCUGCUUUCCUUCCUGCAGUCGGCAGAUCUGGAGACCAAGUGCCAAGCCGCGAAACUGCUGGAGCAGGUCCUGGUGGCUGAGAAUCGGGACCGAAUUGCUCGGAUCGGUCUGGGGGUGAUCCUCAACCUCUCCAAAGAGCGGGACAGCCCCCUCUUGGCCCCGAGCACCUCCGGCAUCCUGGAGCACAUGUUCAAACACUCAGAGGAGACCUGCUUCCACCUGAUCUCCGACGGCGGUCUUGACGCCAUCCUCUACUGGUGCCGCUGGAGCGACCCUGUGGUGCUGCGCCACUGCGCCACGGCCCUGGCCAACUGCGCCAUGUACGGCGGGCAUGCCAACCAGCGCCUGAUGGUCGAGAAGAGGGCUGCCGAGUGGCUCUUCCCGCUGGCCUUCACCAACGAGGACCAGCUGAUCCGGUUCUACGCCUGCCUUGCCAUCGCCGUUCUGGUCACCAACAAGGAGAUCGAGAAGGAGGUGGAGCGGUCGGGGACUCUCGCUUUGGUGGAGCCUUUCAUCGCCACCCUGGACCCAGGGCAAUUUGCCUGCACCCUUCUGGGCAGCAGCGACAACAGCCAAGGAAGGACGGCGGACGACUUGCAGCGCCUGGUGCCCCUGCUGGACAGCUCCCGCCUGGAAGCCCAAUGCAUGGCUGCCUUCUACCUGUGCGCUGAGGCGACCAUCAAAGCCCGGCAGAACAAAACCAAGAUUUUUACAGAGAUUGGGGCCAUCCAGAGCCUGAAGAGGAUUGUUUGCUACUCCCCCAAUGGUACCACUUCCUCCUUGGCCAAGAAGGCCCUCCGGGCCAUGGGGGAGGAGGUGCCCCGGCGCCUUCUGCCCUCUGUGCCCAACUGGAAACCCUUGGAAGUGCAGAAGUGGCUCCAGCAGGUCGGCUUUGUCAAGUACUGCCCACAGUUCUUGGAGCAUCAGGUGGAUGGCGACCUGUUGAUGCGGCUGACUGAGGAGGACUUGCAGGCGGACCUUGGCAUGAAAUCCAGCAUUACUCGCAAGCGGUUUUCCCGGGAACUGACUGAACUGAAGACUCACGCCAAUUAUUCCACCUGCGACCGGAGCAACCUGGCUGACUGGCUGGGCAGCGUGGACCCCAAGUUUCGCCAGUACACCUACAACCUGGUGACCUGUGGCAUCGACCGAAACUUCCUCCACCGUGUCACUGAGCAGCAGCUGCAAGAAGACUGCCAGGUUGACGUUGGUUUCCAUCGGGUCCGUAUCCUCAAUGCAGCACGUGAGAUGCUCCACUCCCCCUUGCCGUGCAGCAAUGCAAAAUCCACCUUGGAGGGAACGGAUGUGUUCAUCAGCUACCGAAGAAUGACGGGAUCCCAGCUGGCCAGCCUCUUGAAAGUCCACCUCCAGUUGCACGGAUUCAGCGUCUUCCUGGAUGUAGAGAAACUGGAGGCCGGGAAGUUUGAGGACAAGCUGACUCAGAGCGUCAUGAGCGCGCGCAACUUCAUCCUGGUCCUUUCCUCGCAUUCCCUGGACAAGUGUAUGGAAGACGCCGAGUGCAAAGAUUGGGUGCACAAGGAAAUUGCCACAGCCCUGAGCUGUGGAAAAAACGUCAUCCCAGUAACAGACCAUUUUGAAUGGCCUGACCCCGAGACGCUUCCUGCAGACAUGCGAGCCGUCCUGAAAUUCAACGGCAUCAAGUGGUCCCACGAGUACCAAGAGGCCACCAUUGAGAAGAUCAUCCGGUUCCUGCAGGGCCGUUCGUCCCGCGAUUCUUCUGCUGGAUCAGAGAACAGCCUGGAAUGUACGCCCCCAAUGGGUCAGACCUAGAAUUGGCAGGAGCAGCCCCCAACUGCUUCCUGCUAGGAGGAGGAAGGGGGCGGCAGGAGUCCUUCUCUUUUCAACUUAUGGUAGCAAAAGAGGUGGCGCUUGAAACAUUAUCCCCUCCCUGCCUUGUAGCAAAAAAGCUCUGAUGCUUUCGCGGUGCUGCUUGCGGCUUCGGGUUGCUCCCUCUUUGGCACAUGCCAGUGUGAAAGUUCCGCCGAGUUGGGGAAGGAAUCCGAUUCCCAUCAGUCUGGAUAGUCCUUUGCUGACUCCCCCGCAUCUUAUUGUUUGAUACUUUUCAGCCAGCUCUUAAUCCUUUGGGACUUGUGAUCAGGUAGCCUCUUCCUCCUUAGGAGUCUUUGUAAAGGGUGGGGUGGGGGGAAUCUUCUAUAAAAAGUUAUCAGCUUCUUGGUAA